CAACUUUCUUUUAGAUCUUCUUUUAUAUGUAUGCAAUACUUGGCAUGGAAUUAUUCCAAGGCAGAAUCAGAAUGCUUGGCUAUUCAAAUGCAACAGCGAAUGCGACAGAGUUAUUCUGUGGAGAUGUGAAGUUAAAGAAUUCUGGAUUUUAUAAAGACCAUUAUUGUGGAGAAAAUUUUAACGAUAUUUUGAAAUCGCUAAAAAUUUUAUUCGACUUGAUGGUUGUCAAUCAAUGGCACAGUAUCCUUCAAAACUUCAGUUCUCAACUGUCGUCUACACUGCAGAAAAUCCCUCGAGUAUUUUGACUCAAAAUAUGUACCCACAUGUCAAGUCACUAAAUUUUUUAGUAAAAUUAGUCAAAAUUAUGAACAAAUUUACUUAAUUGUUUUAGUAAAGUUUCAAAUUCACUCAUUUUUUGAGUAAAGAUUUACUUUUACCAAUAAAAUGAGUGAAUUUGCUCACAAAAUUAAGUAAUUUUACUCGCUAUCUUAAUUAUAUGACAUUCUCCCGAGAGGGCAUGCAGAGGUCUUGUAAGUGCCAUCCUUUAUAUUGGUCAAGUGACUUCUACUUCCAGGAGAAAACCUUCGAUGUUUGGUCAAACCUUCCCUUCUCACGUGCAACUUACGUGAAGUUAUAAUUAGAAAACUACAUUAUUGCAAACUAUUUAAGACAAAAAAGGCAAGCUAUUUAAAAAAGACAAAUUAUUUAAGGCACAAAAAGACACAAUCACUGUAUCUCGAACAUUUCAGUUGUUUUUGUCUUGCUGGUCCUGUUGCUUUAUCAAGGUUCGCUCUGAUAAAUCCUUAACAUUGUAUAUAGUUUUAACUCAAGGUUUUGUGAUGGUGACUAGCAAGGCUGCUAGACUAUACUUUGUCUUGUUUCAUCUCACUUGCGUUAUACUUAUUUUGAAGUACGUGUAGAAUUCAUAUAUUGGCAGAGACAUUAUCUACCAUUCAUUGUUGGGGGAACACCGGACGAAAAAAACUCUAAAAAUAUAUAAUAAUUUCGCUAUCUUACAGCAUAUUUGUGGCGUUUAUCAUCGAAGCCUUCAUGCUCCAGUACGAAUGUUCUGAUGAAAAGUUUGAAGAUGAACUUCAAAAAGUAGUUCAAGACGUUAUUCGCGAAAAAGGAGUUGGCAUUGGAAUGUAAGUAAAAUUCUCAAAUUCAUGCUUUUGCAUUGCAUUGUAUUGCUUACUCUACGUAUUUACUUUGCUUUCUUCUUCAUCAUUUUGAUCCUCAAUAAUUGGGGUUUUUUAUUGUUACUAUCAGUCUUCAAUACACACUAUCUUGGGAAUCCUCUUCCCUUAGUACCCUCAGAUCUCUUAACACAAUAUCGCUCAAUCUCAUCCUUUGUCUCCCAACUGUUCUAAGUCUUUCUUUUUGGAGUCUCUUUACCACUGCUCUUCACUAGCUUGACAGGAUCUUCUUCGGCAUUCUAUAUUGGACAUCCUCUUCUCCAUAACUUUUUUUUUUCAAUCAUAACUUUUUGUUUUGCAGUAAUAACUUUUGUGGGCGUGGUGUCAAGUACAUUGUUUUGCACGCGAAAAUUUCUUAUUUUUCACACGGACUGACUUUAUACUGACAAAAUUGCUAUAGAAAGCGAAAUAACAGAUUUAUAGCACCUUCUGGAUAUGUUUACGUAACAAACCUCUGUAAUACAAGUGCCCUUUUGAGUUUUGACGCCGAAAUUCAAAGUUUCGCGUGCAAAACAAUAUGUUUUAUACCACGCCCACAGAAGUUAUUAUGUCAAAACAAAAUGUUCUAGGAGCGAAAUAAAAAGUUUUGAAUGACAAACUCAUGCUGAAGAAACGUUUUAAAACCUAGUUAUAAAUGCACGCUUCACGGAAGCUCGAAAAUGGUAGUAUUAAUCUGACACUGCAAUCGACCAACGAAAAAUUCGUUGGCUCGAGCGGGAUUUGAACUCGCAUCAUCGGGUAUCUAGACUGGACAUCCUCUUCUCCUAGGUUUAGUUUCCUCGUAUCUCUUUUCUCAUAUUAUCUCUCCAUCUGAUACUCUGUCUUUCAAAGGUUUGUCGUUCUCAAUUGAGUGUGUGUCACCAUGCUAACCUGAAUCUCGAUCUUCUUUCUUUCUUCAACUAACAAUUUUGAACUAUUGCAUUCCCGCUUCUCUUAUCCACAUUUCUACUUCAGGACACCAAUCACAGAACAAAGUCGUACAGAGCCGACUCCAAGUGUAGAGCCGACUCCAAGUGUAGAGCCAACUCCAAGUGUAGAGCCGACUCCGAGAGUAGAGACGACUCCAAGAGUAGAGACGACUCCGAGUGUAGAGACGACUCCGAGUGUAGAGCCGACUCCGAGUGUAGAGCCGACUCCGAGUAUAGAGCCGACUCCAAGUGUAGAGCCGACUCAAAGUGUAGAGCCGACUCCGAGAGUAGAGACGACUCCAAGUGUCGAGACGACUCCAAGAGUAGAGACGACUCCAAGUGUAGAGACGACUCCGAGUGUAGAGCCGACUCCGAGUGUAGAGCCGACUCCGAGUGUACAGCCGACUCCAAGUGUAGAGCCGACUACGAGUAUAGAGCCGACUCCAAGUGUAGAGACGACUCCAAGUGUAGAGCCGACUCCGAGUGUAGAGCCGACUCCAAGUGUAUUUUUUUUCUAA